AUGGAGUUUGAAACAGCACUAGCAAACUUUCAAGCAGGGGCUAGAUGUCCUGUUUGUUUGGACUAUUUGAAAAACCCAGUGACCAUUUAUUGUGGUCAUAACUUCUGUCUCUCCUGCCUCAAUGUGUUCUGGAAGGAUCGAACUAAUAUAUUCCCCUGCCCCAUUUGCCGAUUUUGCUGUCUAGAAAGGAAAUUUGCAAGCAACCCCUUGCUGGGAAAUUUGACUGAAAUUGCCAAGCUACUCCAGGUAAGAAGAAGCAAGAGGAAGGGAAAAGAAGAGUUUUUAUGUAAAAAGCACAAUCAGAUUUUGAAUUUUUUCUGUGAAAAGGACUUAGAGGUUUUAUGUUCACAGUGUGUCUCCAGUGAACACCAGGGUCAUAACAUUUGGCCCAUAGAACAAGCUGUCCCCAAAUAUCGGAAAAAAUUGGAGGUCUGCAUUGAACCAUGGAAGGAAAGAAUGGAACAAGGUGAAAAAGUGAUAACUAUGCAAACCAGAAAAUUAUUGGAACUGAAGAAGAAGGUAGAAUAUAGGAGAGAAGAAAUAAGAUCUGAAUUUGAACAAUUUGAGUUGUUCCUCCAAAGUGAGCGAGAGACUGUUCUUCAGCAAUUAAUAGAUGAAGAAAUUGAUAUUUUAACAAAGCUAAAUGAAAACCUAACAAAAUUUUCAGAUCAUAUUUCCACAUUAAAAAAUCUCUCAAAGGAGAUAGAGAGCAAAUAUGUGAAGUCAGACUUGGAAUUCCUGACAAAAGUUAAAAGGAUCUGCCAUAGAUAUAAAUCCUCAAAGGCCCCUCUACCUUUUUCAUUCCAGUUAAAGGAGUAUGGUUACCAUCUUCCUCCACAAUAUUCUGGCCUAAACAUAAUUAUCAAGCGAUUUCAAGUUCCUGUAUUUUUAGAUCCUGAAACAGCAAAUAAUAAACUUACUGUCUCAGGUGAUCGCAAGACAGUGCGAUAUGGACAUAGGGUGCAAAACUUACCUCGUAACCCAAGGAGAUUUUAUAAUGGCCCAGCUAUUCUGGGUUCUGAGGGAUAUAAUUCUGGCAGACACUAUUGGGAGGUAGAAGUGAAUGACAAGCUUGAAUGGAUCUUGGGUGUCUGUAAACAUAAUAUUCCCAGAAAAAGAAGGAGUCAGAAUCCAUCAAUUUUUUUACAGAAUAGAUUGUGGUGUAUUGAGCGAAGAGGUCAAAAUGAUUAUAUUGCAUUCGGUCCUAAAAAUAUAUAUCUUGUGCCAAAAGUAAUGCCUAGUAAAAUUGGAAUUUUUUUAGACUAUGAGUUGGGUGAGGUUUCCUUUUACAAUUUGAGUGAUAGAUCUCUUCUCUAUAUUUUUAAUGAUUAUUUUACAGGAGUACUUUGGCCUUAUUUCUAUACUGGAACAGAUUCAAAACCUCUUAAAAUCUGUACAGUAACACAUUCUGAAUGA